AGCAAUGAGGUAUUUUACUGCUGUCUGGAGAUCAAAUUAUUGCUGUAGAAAAGAUCUUUUUUUUUUUCCUGUUUCAUUAACAGAUUAUUAUAAAGCAAUAAGCAUGCAGGAGGAAAAGCAGACGUUCUACUUUGGGAGUUAAUGAAAGCAUGUCUUUUUUUUUUUUUUUUUUUUUUUUUUUUGAAGUGUGGUCCUUUAAAAUCUUAUACCACCCCCCACAAACAAAAUUAUUCGGAAACGAUGAAAUAAAGAACUGUAUGAUUCCAGAGACAUCCCUAAGGACCCAGGUGUCAGGCUAUGUGGUGUCUUGUGAUAUCAUCGGAUCUUUUGGACUGGUGUAAGUUUUAUGAAUUCGUUAUAUUCCUAGUAUUUUUCUUCUGUAACGACAAAGGGGGGAAAGAAACUCACAUACACACAUGUGCUUUGACAUUUCCAGUCUCUUGCUCAGCCACACCAGCAAAAAGGAAAAAGGCUGUUGCUCAGCGGGGCGAAAUGUGAGGAAUAGUCAUUUAAAAUUUGUGUAAGCCUGAUUCUAUUGCCAGAUUCGUUAAGACAGAACGGACAUAAAUCAUUUUGCAGUUGUCCUCAGAACUUAGCUUCUUCUUACUUAAGGCAUAUCUGCGUGCAUUGGAGAACAGAAGAUUACCAACAAAGACAGGGCUCCCCUAACCUGCUUUCCCUUCUUCCCCAUUGACAAGAUUUUUCCUGACUGUGCUUUUUCUUUUCUUUUCUUUUCUUUUUCUUUCUUUUUUUCUCCCCUCAUCCCCCUCAUACACACCUCCGCCCCCCAGCUAACCUGCAAAGGCAAGGGUCAGCUGAAGAGAUCAUUAAAGAAGAAACCUAAAAGAAGCUUUCAAUGCUUUGGACCACACUAACAGAGCAUGGAAGAAAAUGCUUGGGGAAAAGCGAGGGUUCCAGGAAGCUAAGGAGGGGGCGGCACCCCGCGGCACCAUCGUGUGCUGCCCUAAGGGAAGAGGGUGGGCCUGAGGUCCUAAACAAGCCUUUCCAAACCCCUACUUCCUACGCAGAGAGGGAAAAGUUCAGAAGCAGCCACAAGGGGACAAAAGCCCAAUUUCGCCAGUUCAACAAGACAGGACUUUCAACAAACCCAGCCUGCUCUGGAAACGGGUUGGGGCCCCUGUUUGCUCCACAGAGGCUUAAGAAGCCCCUGCCGCCGCCCUCGACACCGCUGCCGCCGCCGCCGCGCGGGCCCCUGCGUUACUGGGGGAGUCGGUGCCGCUGCGACAGGGGAGGACGCGGCUGGAGCUCAAGGAGGCUCCAGCGCGCAGGCGCCGCCGAGCCCUGCCUGGAUGCUCAGUCAAGGCACUAAGGCAAAAAAAAAAUCAGCAAUUUAUAGAAAGAAGAAGCUAUAGUCUGUCGGGAUAUCCAACACCAACAGUAGGGCUUAUUGAGAGCUGCAUUUCUGGAAAGCGUUGCAAGACUGAGGAAUAUCGGACUGCGAAUCACCGGGAACAACAGUUCCCUUGCAGCACAGAAGCAAUCUCUCUCCCCAUCUUCGCAUAUUCUGAUGGCAAAUCAAAUGGAAGAAAAGAAGAAGCAUGACUGCAGAUCGGAUCACUUCUCUUUGUGGAUUACAUUUUCAGUAAAAUGUAUGGAUCUAUCUUUUCCUUGUUCUUAUAUCUAGAUCAUGAGACUUGACUGAGGCUGUAUCUUUAUCCUCCAUCCAUCUAUGGCGAACUAUAGCCAUGCAGCUGACAACAUUUUGCAAAAUCUCUCUCCUUUAACAGCCUUUCUGAAACUGACUUCCUUGGGUUUCAUAAUAGGAGUCAGCGUGGUGGGCAACCUUCUGAUCUCCAUUUUGCUAGUGAAAGAUAAGACCUUGCAUAGAGCACCUUAUUACUUCCUGUUGGAUCUUUGCUGUUCAGAUAUCCUCAGAUCUGCAAUUUGUUUCCCAUUUGUAUUCAACUCUGUCAAAAAUGGCUCUACCUGGACGUAUGGGACUUUGACUUGCAAAGUGAUUGCCUUUCUGGGGGUUUUGUCCUGUUUCCACACUGCUUUCAUGCUCUUCUGUAUCAGUGUCACCAGAUACUUAGCUAUCGCCCAUCACCGCUUCUAUACAAAAAGGCUGACCUUUUGGACGUGUCUGGCUGUGAUCUGCAUGGUGUGGACUCUGUCUGUGGCCAUGGCAUUCCCCCCAGUUUUAGAUGUGGGCACUUACUCAUUCAUUAGGGAAGAAGAUCAAUGUACCUUCCAGCACCGCUCCUUCAGGGCUAAUGAUUCCUUAGGAUUUAUGCUGCUUCUUGCUCUCAUCCUCCUAGCCACACAGCUUGUCUACCUCAAGCUGAUAUUUUUUGUUCAUGACCGAAGGAAAAUGAAGCCAGUCCAGUUUGUAGCAGCAGUCAGCCAGAACUGGACUUUUCAUGGCCCUGGAGCCAGUGGCCAGGCAGCUGCCAAUUGGCUAGCGGGAUUUGGAAGGGGUCCCACACCACCCACCUUGCUGGGCAUCAGGCAAAAUGCAAACACCACGGGCAGAAGAAGGCUACUGGUCUUAGACGAGUUCAAAAUGGAGAAAAGAAUCAGCAGAAUGUUCUAUAUAAUGACUUUUCUCUUCCUAACCUUGUGGGGCCCCUACCUGGUGGCCUGUUAUUGGAGAGUUUUUGCACGAGGGCCUGUAGUACCAGGGGGAUUUCUAACAGCCGCUGUCUGGAUGAGUUUUGCCCAAGCAGGAAUCAAUCCUUUUGUCUGCAUUUUCUCCAACAGGGAGCUGAGGCGCUGUUUCAGCACAACCCUUCUUUACUGCAGAAAAUCCAGGUUACCAAGGGAACCUUACUGUGUUAUAUGAAGGAGCAUCUGUAAAUCUUUAGCCUUGUGAAACACUAACCUUCUCUGCUAAGCAAUUGUGGCCUGUAGCCAUUUCUUGAGAAGAAAAUCAAGAAUGGGAUCAGCAGUCAUAAGGAUGUGGGCAACAUUCUGCAGUCUUUGCAAUAGUUCACCUAUAAUCCUAUUUUAAAUCUCAGAGUGAUCCUGCUGACUGCCGGCGAAGGUUUGUAAUUAAGAAAGGACUGAACCACUGCCCUAAGUUCCUUUAUGUGGUUGAAAACUAGAUAAUGAAAGUAGCAGGUGCUAAGUAUCAGUGCUAAAUGCUGUGUAUAUCACUACUUAUGAAAAAAAAUCAAAAAAACCCAAUUAGCAUUGGACAUCUUAAUAAAUUAAGUUGACAUGAGGUAAAUGUGUUGAUAAAAACUAAUUUUAGAAGUUUGAAGACUUUAAAACAUUUCAUACUAUUAUUGUUUUGCAAGGACUAAAAUAUUUGGGGACUUAAAGUACUGUAAUUCACUAAAGAUAUGCCAUGAAUUACUGGAUUAUCACUUUAAAAAAAUCGCCUUGUAAGUUUUGGGGAGCAUUCCAAAGCAGUAUAUUGGUUCAAAAUAGAGUUUACUUUUUUUGUAUUAAUACAUUACUAUUUCUAAAUACCACUUUCCUUACCUACUAGUGAAAUUGCUAGCAUCAAACUGUAUUAUGCGGUUUUUGUUGAUUUGGUAUAAAGUUUUUUCCAGUUCAUCUCUAUUUUAUGAAUACUAGAUAUUGGACUGGGAGGCAACAUUAAUGGUACCAACUGGUCACAACUGAGCAGUUCUAAUAAUGCAGAAUAAACACAUGUUGCCUUAAAGGGUUAUCUAGUAUCUUUCAUCUUAUUUAGCAUUGGAGCAAAGUGGAGUCAAGGGAAAUCGAAUCAGGAACUGGUCAUGGUCAUGCCUCUGGAAGUGCAUGGGCGAUCACUUAAUACUUUUUCCUUUUUCCUCACAUGGUUUGAAAAUUAAGGUGCACAUCACUGGGAUAAUGAGAUUUUCUUCUGAGGUGUGAUACCCAUUCUAGUAUGUUCUAAGAAGCAGGCAGUUGAUGUGUGUUUAUAUUUUAAGCCAGCUGUCAAGGGGAGACCACAGCCUUAGUAUGACAUCCUGCACAAUUUGUGAAGCAUUUAUUCUACUGAAGGCACAGUCUUGUUUAUACUUUCUGCACAUUCAGUGUAUUGGUCGUUUAAAUUAUUUCAGUUUUAACUUGUGAAAGCUUAUUAUAUGAUUUCUGGUAUUUUAGAAGUACAUUAGAGUCUGUGAGUCUCAUUCUUUAAGAUACAGAUGUGUGAAUUUCAAUAUAAAGUUGCAUUUGCCAAAAUUUACUUGUGUAGCCUGUUACUUUUUUGGAAUAAAUUUUACAUUUUUUGGCACUUAAUUUAUUUUUAUCUGGGAGGCAAGCACAAACUAGGAAGAUUAGCUUUAUUAUGGUUUCCUUUUUUUUCUUUUUGUAACUGCUAUAUUCUGGAAUUGGAAAUCAUGAAUGACAGGGAGCAUAAAGCUGAUUAAACUGACAAAUAAUAUCUUCAAAAGCAUUAUUUGGAAGCUAAUCAUAAUUAUCCCUCUAUUUAUUCUUACAAGCCAGUAAUAUUUAAAGAUGUGUACUUGCUUAGUUGAUUGGCUCAGAAUUUUAAUAUAAAUAUCACAUUUUAAUUUGAGCCACAGUAGAAAUUUUGGAUUCCGAAUAUAUGACUUGUAAGAAGAAUGGUUUACAAUUACAUAUGACAAAACCAGAAAAGUUGUUAUUGUUUUUGUUAAUUUUUCAUUGUUUUCAUUUGUUUGGAAUUUUUUUUGGUACUUGAAAAAUAAGAUUAGGAAUCUAAUGGAAUAUAAUUCUUUACUGUUAGUGCCUCUGUAAAGAAAGUAUAAACAUAAGUAAGGAAAAAUAAAUCACUAAAAUCUCAAUGAUAUAUGCAACUAUUUAGUUUUGCUCAUAUAAGGACAGCUGAAGGAGUGAUUUAGUGAGCACUCUGUUUGAACUCAUUUUUACUUUAUACCAAAGUUGAUUAGAUCAGAGACAGUGUAAUGUACAACAUUGAAUUGAAUCUAGCAAUAAAAGUCCCUGUUGAUACUAAAAUCAUUAUCUAAAAUAUGAUAAAGGAAAUGUUAUCAAAAGAUAUCCUGAUAACAUUAUGUUUCCAACUCAAAAAAAAUCUGCAGCAGACAUAGUUACCAUAACUAUAUUUUCAAGAACUUUGCUUAAAGAUUCAAAUAUCACCAGCAUUCAGGAGAUAAUUCAGCAAUGAUCUUGAGGCCAGAAAGACCAGGUUUUAUCAACCCUAGUCUCCAUUAUAUAGACAAAAACCCGAAACAUGAAUUAAGAGUAAGAGAUUGAAGAGUCAAGAGCAACAACCAGUGAGACUGCCUGACUCCACCUAGCUAUUUGGAAUAACAUAUUUCAACAGUUUUGGUAAGUGACCAGCCCCAGUGAUCAGUGAAUAAUACUGAAAUGUAGUGAUUUUCAUUUAAGCUUACUCUUGACUAACUUGGUAUUUCAGCUCAAGAGGCAAGCAGUGUGUGAGAAAAAUCCCCAGGUAACCAAUGCCAUUUGUAAGUGAAUGAGUAAUGGUAGCAAUCAUAUAAAAUAAAAGUCUACUUGAAUGUCUUAAUGGCCAAAUUACAUUAUCUAUUUUGGCACCCAUUCCAAUAUUCAGUAUUUAAAAACAGUUGUAACUAAUUCACCCUGAAAAUGUUAUUAAUCUUCAACCCAUACAAAUACAUUCCCACUGGGGAAUCCAACUUCCCUGUGAGAAAAACCCAUUAUCAAUAAUAAUGUGUCCCUCUUGGACUAAUUAUAUGAUUUGAACAGACUUUAAAUUGCUUUCCUUAAUAGUGAUGAUGUGUUUGCAUGGAUGGUCUAUACAAUCUCAUCUGGUUCCUUUUGGGCACAGUGGAUUUAUUUGCGAGAUUCCUGCCAGAAGCUAGGCAUUCACUCUGUGAUUGUGAAAUCGUAUUCAGAUAUUAACUGAGUCAUAAGGAGAAAACCAGCUCAGUUUCCCACAUAGUCUCCAAUUAAAUAAUACAAAAUUAUUAGAUUUUAAAAUUAUUUGUAGGACAACCUGUUGACUGAACUAUCUUCUUCAAAUGUUAGCUGAUUGGAUUUCAACACCAGGAUUUUUCAUAGAGGACAACUGAUUUGUUUUUAUAGGGAUAUAUGUUGACCCAUCAUCUAUUUGCCUCUAUGCCCAUAAAUACUAACUGAAUUGCUUAUUCAUUUAUUCAUUCACUCAGUAAAUAUGUGUUGGGCCCUGGGCUUGGUGCUGGGAGCAUAGUGUAAAACAAGGCAGAACAGAAUUAAACACGUAAUAGCAACAAGUGUUAUAACAGUAAAUAUUUCUAAGCUAAUGGCCAUAAAUAGACUGUUCUCUAUUUUCCUGUCAGUGCCUUAUCUCUCAGAAUCUUUUCUCAGUAUCCCCUGAGAUUUUUGUAUAUUUUCUAUAUAUCAUACUUCCUCAAUUCAGAAGGACCCCCCCCAACUCUGCUCACAUUUCAUUUAGAUGAAUCACCAUGUUGUGUUUUCCAACUCUGAGUUCCCAUGUUGUUAGUGCUAUACACAAAAUAACAACAAAACCUAAGAGUUAAAGUCUUCCCCUGUUCUGACUGUCCGCUUCCACGUGAGAUAUUUCAAUUCUUUUAAGAGACAGGGAGGAGUUCUUUCUUCCAUUCUCAAAACUUCCUGCAAGUUAGUGCGAGAAUGCCUGGGUAAAGCGCAAUCAAAGAAAGUCUCUAAAAUGCCCAAGGGCCCUUCCAUGGUGCUCAGGCAAAGAUGGGAAUGACCUGUGAAACAGGAUAAACAUCUUUUAUCACAAAAGCAUGCUACUCCUUCAAUGUUUUUCUUAUUCCUUACUGGAGAUGCCGCCAAACUCCCCAACCCAGCCCCCACCCCAUCAGCUGAAAAUUUUGGCCUCCAGAAUUUACCUUUAUUGCAAAUACAAUGAAAUGUAUUUACAACUAUGGAGACAUAUCUUUUUCAGCUACAGCAAGAAAGAGUUUUGUUGCAACUGGGAUUACUAUAGCUCUUCACUUCUGUGUAUUCAUCAUUAAAUUUACUUUGUCCCUUUAUUACACGUGUAGCAUAUACUGUACUGUUAUUAAAAAAAGCAAAACAAAACAAAAACUCUAGCUUAUAUUAACUCCAUAUUAAAAAGAAAAUUUUUAAAAAGGUGA